UCGUCUCUGCCCACCACGCCCACAAAGCACCUACGUAACGCGUCACUCCGUUCACGUGCAGCGGUGACGCCGCAGUCUCGCGUGAUGAGAUUUGCGGCGUCGGGAUUUUUUUUGUAAAAUAGGAGUCAAGGAGCUUGUGGAUUCUCAAGGCUUCAUUGUGAAAGUGAGUCUUUCAAAAUGGAUUUGAUCCUUGAUGUCAAUAUACAAGUUUAUCCUGUGGACUUGGAUCCUUCAGUUUGUCUGCUUCUGGAUCUUAUCAGUCUUAAACUCAGAAACAAACCUUAUAAUGGUGAUAAAUUCCGCUUAGUUAUUGCCUGUACGCUGUAUGAGGAUGGUACAUUGGAUGAUGGAGAGUACAAUCCUACUGAUGACCGGCCCUCAAGAGCUGACCAAUUUGAAUACAUCAUGUAUGGCAAGGUCUAUCGGAUAGAAGGUGAUGAAACAUCCACAGAAGCCGCUACCCGCCUGUCUGCAUAUGUUUCAUAUGGAGGAUUAUUGAUGAGGCUUCAGGGAGAUGCUAACAAUCUGCAUGGGUUUGAAGUAGAUUCCCGUGUUUACCUCUUGAUGAAGAAACUGGCUUUCUAAUGCUGAAGGGAAAUAUUUGUAUGGUGCAGUAUUGGAAUAUAAUAUAGACCUUUUCAAUUUCUUGUAUUUUUUGUAUUUUAAUAAAAUAUUAUUUUGUAAUAAAUAGUUCUGUUGAGAUUAUAAUAAUGCAGUGUGUGGCAAUAUAAAGGUGAUUCCAAGGAAGAAACAUGCUAGAUAUGAUGUUCUUAAAGAAACAUGCAAUAAUUUAACCAGUAUCUGUCAUCAGUAUAAAUUAUUUUAAAUACCGUUAAAACUUGGACUUUCAGUUACAAUUAAAAUUUGAUUCAGAAU